AUGGUCAUUGGAGCUAGAGGACGAUUGGCGGGGGCAAGCAGUGACCGGCGGAAGCUGCGGAUUGACGGCAAGUACGGUUCACAAUAUGAGAAGCGAUGGUGCACGGUACAUGGUGGGUCCCUACAGACUGUGCAGGGUACAACCUUCUUGGAAGACAAGCUGGCUGACAGUUACGUUGAGCCCUGUUUAGCAUCAUAUCCCUGGGAACAAGCCAUGCAUUUACAGUUGCGGAGGAAAGCAGAAAUGUCAGAGAAGAGUGAGGCUCACCUACUCGAUGAUUUCGGCGGUCUAAUUAAGCUAUACAGCGAUGGAUCAGUUGUGAGGGGAGAUGAAUCAUCUUUAUUCUCCCUCUUAACAGAGCCCAAUAAUUACAAUCAUGUGGAAUACAAAGACGUGGUGUUGGACGAGGAAGUUGGAUUGUGGGUGCGCCUCUACCUGCCGCCUGAAACGACGAGCAAGGCGCUCGUAGUCAUGUACUACCACGGUGGUGGCUUUAUCCUCUUUAGCCCGGCAACGCCCUUCAUACACCAUAAGUGCCAGAUGUGGGUGGCCACGCUGGGCGUCCUCAUCGCUUCGGUGAAUUACAGGAUGGCUCCUGAGCACCGCCUUCCUUGUGCCUACGAUGACUCCAUCAAAGCGCUGCACUGGCUCCAACUGCAGGCCCUGGCGGCCGAAGGAGCAGAGCCUUGGUUACACUCCCACGCCGACUUUUCGAGGGUGUUUAUUGCCGGCGAAAGCGCGGGGGGGAACAUUGCACAUCACGUGGGCGUGUGGGCGAGGAAGGCAAAGGCGGAGAUGGAAAUUAAAGGACUGAUUUUGCUCUACCCGUUUUUCGGGUGCGAAGAGCGCACGGCUUCGGAGAAAGAAAACUCGCCGGAGUUUAGUUUGGAGAUGUCAGAUACCAUGUGGAGGCUUGCCCUGCCUGUGGGAAGCAACAGAGAUCAUCCGUUCUCGAAUCUGCUAAUAGAAGGAGCCGCUGCCUCUGCUCUUGCCCUUCCGGCAAUUCUCUUUGUGAUUGCAGGGCACGAUAUACUGAGAGAUCAACAGUUGCGCUACUGUGGGCUUCUCGAGAAAUGUGGGAAACAAAUUCGUGUACAUGUUUGUGAAUAG